CAAGGCUCCAUCUAUAGUAUUCCACAAGAAGGUCAGAGCGUUACGUUUAACUGCAAUAAAACCGGUCAGCGUCGUGCACUGUUCUGGAUUCUUCCGAACGGUACACGUAUCGAUGUGGUUGAUUCGGCCACCGAUUCGAGUUCCGGCCCAAUUUUUGCGCUGGCGACGCAUCAGGACGGCAGCAAUGCCACAUUCGGUUUGAACGUUUCACACAGUCAAUUGGUGAUUCCUGAAGUGCACAAAGGUAUGGACGGUCGUUACGUGUGCGUUAUGGAGGAUGCUCAGCAGCGGGUUUUCUUCAUUCCAUACGUGAUAUCCUCUAUCAAUUUCUCGCAAUCCCUAAUGGUCUCGUUAUCGGUGGCUGUAUGUUUCGCAAUUGCAUGCUUGUUGGUGCUAAUCUUUGAUCGAUAUUGUAAAUCACUGUUGAGCGUGAAAAUUUGUUGCUCAAAUGGUGGCGGCGAUAAUUAUGAUCGCAAUCGAAAUCUUAGCAGCGAUCAGCUGAGUAUCAGCGAUCACACAUCGCCCAUACAACAACGUAAACAACAACGCUUUGCGAUGAAUCACAUGAAUUUCGUUGUGGACGAUGAAAUAAGCACGAAGAUGGAUAGUAGCAGUCGCUGUUCUACUGAUAGCAAUAAUCAUAGCAGUGCUAGUAUGAAAAGUGUUAAGGAUACUGACACCUAUAACAGUGGCAACAAUAGUGACGAUAAUGACAAAGAUAGACAUGUCAGUAAUUCGAUCACAAACAGUACCGUUCUAUCGCAUGAACUGACAAUACCUGUAUCUGAUUCAAUACAUCUUUAA